CUAAUCGGACGGUCAGAAACAUCCUCUCCUGGCCUUUGUUUCCUUCGCCACUAGAUAAAUAUCUCGAACAACAACCGAGGCGAAGAAAAAAAGAGGCCAUAAGAAAUAAAAACUUGCGUCGUUCAUCUCGUAGGUUUCUUAUUGCUUUAAUUCCUUCACUCCGGUGAUCGAUUCCCGGCGUCCAUGGCGGAGAAGAUCAUCUUGAAGAGCUCUGAUGGCGAGGUCUUCGAGGUGGAGGAGACUGUGGCAAUGGAAUCACAGACGAUCAAGCACAUGAUAGAGGAUGACUGCGCCAGCAACGGCAUCCCCCUACCCAACGUUACCAGCAAGAUCCUCUCCAAGGUGAUUGAAUACUGCAAGAGGCACGUCGAAGCCUCUGCCGCCGCCUCCAAGGCCGCCGCCGAGGACUCCUCCUCCAAGCUCGCUGACGACGAGCUCAAGGCCUGGGACGCCGAGUUCGUCAGGGUCGACCAGGCCACGCUCUUCGACCUCAUCCUUGCUGCAAACUAUCUAAACAUUAAAGGCCUACUGGAUCUGACCUGCCAAACCGUGGCUGAUAUGAUCAAGGGCAAGACCCCUGAAGAGAUCCGCAAAACUUUCAACAUCAAAAAUGACUUUACUCCUGAAGAAGAGGAAGAGGUCCGGAGAGAGAACCAGUGGGCCUUUGAGUGAAUGGAAUUUACAUGUUAUUUUCUGAUAGGUGGGUAGCUGGCCUUGGGGUGAUUAUGGUGUAGAUUGAUGGCCUGAAACAAUGCUGGACUUCCUUCUAUGAUGCUAUUACUUUUACUGUGAGCUGUACAAAGUAUAUAGGGUUGGUUGCUUAUCCGGACAUGGGCACUGCUUGCCAACCUUAUUUGGAUACUUUGUGUAUUUUCCUCUUGAAUCAUCGAACUUUGACAAUUAUAUUACAUUUCCUUGAUUUGGAUCCGA